GAGGUUUUGUCUGCUCGGGCCACCGUCGCCGGAAGUGGUGUCGGGGCCCCUUAGUGCAGCGCUCUGGAAACAAGCCCGGCCACUACCAGCCUCGCUGCGGGGAGCGCAGAAAUGGAUUCCCAGGAGAUCGGAGAGCUGCAGCAGGAAGUGAUGGAGGAGCUGGGCAUCUCCAUGGAAGAUCUCCAGCAGUUCAUUGACGAGGAGCUGGAGAAACUCGAGUGCGUGAAGCAGAGAAAGAAGCAGCUGGAAGAGCUGGAAAAGAACGUUAAGCAGAAAGAGGCAGAAGUGGCUCAUGUGGACCAGCUCUUUGAUGAUGCCUCAAGAGCCAUCAAUAAAUGUGAGGUACUGGUAAAAGAUCUCUACUCCAAGCUGGGGCUUCAGUAUCGUGAAAGCAGCUCUGAAGAUGAGGACUCGGCUUCCAAGCCCACGGAAGUGAUCGAAAUUCCAGACGAGGAUGAUGAUGAUGUCAUGAGUGUUGAUUCAGGUGAUACAAGUAAAAACCUGAAGGAUCAGACUCUGCUUCGAGAAGCCAUGGCCGCGAUGAGGAAAUCUGCCCAGGAUGUUCAGAAAUUCAUGGAUGCCAUUACCAAAAAAAAAACGACCCAGGAAACGCAGAGAGAUGGGGCUUCCUCUCAGCAGAGCUCAGCAAAUGCAUCCCAGCAAGCAAACUCUGGGGGCGAUCUCAGCAAGGACGGUGAUCUCACAGUCGGCAUGCGCAUCCUGGGCAAGAAAAGGACCAAGACAUGGCACAAGGGAACCCUGAUUGCAAUCCAAUCAGUGGGCGAGUCCCGCCGCCCUGGGGGUAAGUAAUUUGGCUGCCUUUUA